UGGGAAUGCAAUGAGGGACAGUAUCAACGCAAAAAUCUCCAGUGUUUAUUGGUGUAUUAUGAUUUAUCAUUGUAUUUACGAGUUCUAAGUUCAAUACUUGUCCUUGGCUUUCCUCGAUCAUUAGGUGAUUAGUCAUGAACUGAUAUCAUGCCUCAGGUUUCAGAUUUAUCCCACUUCGCUUUAUCGAUAAAGGGAAUUUGAUAAACCUCUUCGUCAUUAUCAAAUUUACGUUCAAGAUUUCAAGAAACCAUAGCUCAAGCUCUUGCACCUCUAACCUGCAAUCCAUUCAAUAACCCGCUGCCUAUCGACUCGCAAGCCCAGCUGAACAUAUCUAACCCGAGUCGCAACGUUGAACCUGUCAGCUAUCCAACUAUCACAGAAAAGCCAUUCCUGUUAGCCAGCAGAGCCCCAAGUGGCCCCCAACUCAUCUCAACAUGGCAUCGGCAGACAAUGCGAACCCUACGAUCUUGAAUGUGUCCGAAAUAUCACGUCGAAGAGAAAAGCGCAAGGUUCGAGAUUAUUCGGCCAAGAAACAUGGUAUACAGAGCAUAUUGAUGGCAAAACCCAGCUAUGCACUGGAUCCUUUUUAUAUGUCAGAUUUCUCAGAUGAAGACUCAGACUCAGACGACUCUGGCUUAGAGCCAAUAGAUGAACAGGAAAUAUAUGACUUGAUUGCACCGAUCUCCGACCCCGAGCAUCCUCUUUCAUUGGAGUCUCUCGGAGUAGUUAAGCUUGAGGAUGUUCAUCUUGUUUCGCCUCCUGACCUCACAAACCCAGCAGCACUGUCUCGCGUACUGGUUGAAUUGACGCCAACGGUUUCACAUUGCUCCCUAGCAACUGUUAUUGGACUUGGUGUGCGAGUACGUUUGGAACAAGCUCUUCCGCCAGGAUACCGAGUCGAGGUCAAGAUCAAGAAGGAUACACACAGCCAAGCUGACGAAGUCAACAAACAACUGGCUGACAAGGAGCGUGUUGCGGCUGCCCUCGAGAAUAACAAUCUCAUGAAUUUGCUAAGGAAGAUGAUGAAAACCUGUCUUGAUGGCUGAUGAUAUCAUAAUCACAGACAUAAGAUUUCUUUGAGACUGCUUUAGCCAGUGCAGAGAAUUUCUCGUUAUGAGAAAAUCGAGAAGACCGUUGCCACAUACGAGAUCACUUCCGCAAUAUUGUGAUUCUUUUUAAAGUUACGCAGAUCCGUCCCCCAUUAAUGAACUACGAAUAUGAAGUAUCAUCACAAAAACCCACACCAAAUACUACCUACAUC